AUGACCCCGAAGCAUCGUAAACACACCAAUAGCAACAACAACAACGUCAUGGCUGCUACUCCAUACAUUGAAGAUUUUUCGGUCCAGAAAGAGCAAGCAAUGAAACGAAAAUUGGAUGAACUUUAUUAUGAGGACCACAAGAACGAGAGAACUGUUGCCUUUUCCUCUUCCUCUUCUUUACGAAGGAAAUCUCAACAUCAUCAACAACAAUACAACAAAACCACCAACACGGGAGAAAAAGUAUCGAACAACUUCAACAACAACAAACGAACAAAAGCAACGUCAUCACAGCAGCCAUCAGAACCAGAGGUCAUAGAGGUUCUUUCAUCCUCUUCUUCAGAAUGUUCUGGCAUUGGUCAGCAUCGCUCCAUUCUCAUGAUGCAUCAUCACGACAUUAAUCAUGACUCCUCGCGACACCAAGCAUCGCCAAAUCAUGCUGGAGGUGUGUACACAAGCUCCUCCUCAAGCGACGAAGCAGUACAAACUCCCAUCCACAACAGGACAAGAACAGCCGCAACAAUUCCCACCACAAAUGCUUCAACAAAGUCUACAAAUUCAACCAUCGCCCUCUCUUCAACCACCCUCAACAAUACGACUGAUGAGUCUUCCAACCACAAUAACCACAGUGGAAACACAGUAACCACUACCAACAACAUUGUUAAACCUGCCACCACCUCUUCAGUACCAACAGCAUCUUCAUCCCUCACAUCACAUCAAUCAUCUCAACCAACAUGUGAAACUCCCUCUAAAAAGAAGAAAAAGAACCCUAUUGAAGAGAAUGAAGACGUCAGUGAUGAAUUACCGAGUACUUCUCAAAAAACUUUAGGAAGAAGUGUCACCAACUCUCAAGUUGCAAGACCAUCACAAAAUGUUCAUACCGUGCACAUGCCUCCUUCAUCUCCCUUAGUGGCAAAGAACAAAACUAUUGCUACAAAACCUCCCAAGGGAAAUUCACCAGCUAGCAUUCCAUUAAUCACCACACCAAAUGCAUCAGCAACCUCCACAUCAUCAUCAUCAAUCAAAUCUGCCUCCUCCUCCUCCAAUACUCUAACACCUAGCUCUACAUUACAAACCAAAACAACACCAACUCCAUUAAGGACCAAUAAUAAUCAUAGCUCUGACAACCCACCAUUCUUCAUAUCCACCCCCUCCUCUUCCAACAACAACAACAACAACAACACUAGUCUUCUAAAUCAAACUCCAUCUUCCUCACCUCAAUAUUCUCCAAGCUCCCACCAAACAUCCAAAUCCAUUCCAUUUCACACUCCUCCUAACAAUCAAAUUUCUCCCCAUGCCAGACUAUAUUUAUCCUCUCCGAGAGACUCUGUAACAAGAACAACUCCUCUCUCAUCGUCUUUCGACUCAUCUCUAAAUCAACAUGCAAGUCAGACUGACCAUGGUGAACAUUCUUGUAAAAUUGGCUCCAUGCAUCAAGCCACACUUCCAACCCUUUGCCCAAAACCCAAACAAUUCCCAAUAUGGUACUCACAAAAAAUUGGGCAAUGUAUAUGGAGUCCUCUAGAAUUAAUGGUACCCAGUGUUGCUGAAACGUGUCCAAAGAACUCAAUUUGUGACACUAUCGAAAAAUUGGAGGCAUUUGAAAAGUUUUGUUUGAAAAUUGUGAAAAAUCCUGACGAUUAUCGCCAAGACAAGGCCUUAGAAAUAUUACACAUGUUCAACUUGGAUUUACAUCAGGCCAAGAGAUUUAUUAAGGAUCAUCCCAUGCAAAUCACUUCCCAACCUCUCCUCACUCAGGAACAGUCAUUGAAAGUUUUCAAUGCACUUUGUCAAUUUUAUCUCUAUAAUGGUUGUCUACGAGAAUUGCAUCGCCAAGUUAUUCCAGAAGUUCCAUAUUCGACUUUAAUCUGCCAUUUCUUCCUCAAUAAGAAAAACAAAACAAUCAUACCAAAAAGUUUGACGAGAAUCAUUAGUCUUGGUAGAAGAUCAAUCAUUCAACAACAACAAGUAUCAAAAUUUAACAACUCUGAUGAAACCUCUGAAGAGGAUGAAGAUGAUGAGACCUAUCAUGAUGACAACCAGUCGACACAACCUUCAACACUACAGACAAUAUCUGCACGUGCAACACGUGCCAGCGAAACCCUUCAUCGUCAUCAUCCAAUCACUAACCAUGAUAAUGAGGAUGAAACAUCCUCGAGUAGUAGCGACGAACGAGUGCCUGAAAGUAGUGACAAUGAGGAAUCGAGUAGUAGCAGUGAAGAAGAUAAUCAACAUGAUUCAAGAAUCAAACAAACCCAAUCCUUACCUCAUUCCACACAUGUCCACUUCAAUCACUCUCUUCACAAUAGUAAUAACACUCGUCAUCACUGCACCUCCGUAUUAGCAAAUCGCAAGAAUACCAAUUAUUUAUUGAGUAGUGACAGCGAAGAAACUGAUAUUUUUUCCAACGAAGGUGAAAAUUACACAAAUGGUCAUACACAUGUGUCUGCAUCAGAAAUCAAUUCUUAUGGCUCUUCAUCUUCUGCAGAGGAAGCAAUGUACAUUGCGAUUUCGAAUGAAGACUCUUCCUCAACCACAGAGGUCUUCAACUUUGAACACAAUCAAAUGUUUGAGCUACAUCCUCCAACUUUUGAGUAG